CCAGACAUCUGCAAACCAGCCACAAGCUUCUGGACUGGGGCCUGACAGUAAGAAAAAAGACUGUAUUUUUGGGUGACUCUAACCUCUCCAGGCUUCCAGCUUUCCAGCAGCAUGACGUGCAGGUCGACAGCUACCCUGGAGCGACUUUCCAGCAUGCUGAAGCUAUCCUGCACAAAACAAUUUGUCAUGUUAACCCCACAAAGGUAAUUCUGUCAUUCGGAAUUAAUAAUAGAAAGCAAAAACCACGAGCCAGAAGUGUGAGACAGAUCCAAGCUGCCUUGAGAGCAGCUCGGGAGGUUUUUCCUGAAGCCACAAUCUACAUUCCAUUGAUUAACUUCUCUCUGAAUCUCCGACUGGUAGAAAAGGUCAAUAUUAGAAAUAUGAAUGAUUACAUAACACUGAAAGCACCCUUCUUACCUGCGUUACCACAAGAUGAGUUCCAAACACUUAGGGACAAAGUCCACUGGUCUCAUCGUACAGCAUCUUCCAUGUGGGACCACUGGCUCCAACAUUUAAACUAGUGCCCCCCAGAACCCAUAUUUUUCAGGAGGGGUUUAAAAAUGUUAUGCUUUUAACCAAUAAAAAUAAACUUACCACUCCCCAGCUUUCUCUACUAAAUAGGGGGCUUACUUUUAUUCCAACCAGUGGAAGCAGAAAAAAUCUUUUGCCCCAAUGUAGAUAUGAUCUACAAAAAUAUCAUAGGAGACUAAAAUUAACAGCCUACUAUCAAAAUUCAAAUCCCACAGAAAAAAAGCCCUUUCUCCCACCUUCCAAUUGGACACCCUCAGACGAUGGCCUCCCCUCCUACAUCCUGGAAUUAAUCAAGGCAGACCUUGAUUAUUUUGACAACCACUUCAAAAUAGAUAGAACCAAACCCAAUCUGACCAAACAAGAAACUGCAGACUUAAGACAACUAAUGAACAACAAAGAAAUUGUUAUAAAACCACCCGAUAAAGGCAGUGUGGUUGUAAUUAUGGAAAAGGAAAAAUAUUUAUGGGAGGGUUACAGACAACUGAAAGAUGAAAAAUACUAUAAACAAUUAGAUAAACCUAUAUUCCUAGAAACAUUUCAAACAAUAACCAAAAUAUUUCAGAAAAUAUAUAAUAAAAAUCUAAUAAAUGCAAAACAACGCAAUUACUUGAUUGGAAGCUCAGAGCCCAGAGCAAGGCAAUUUUAUCUGCUCCCCCAAAUCCACAAAGAACCGGCCUCCUGGAGCAUCCCCUUUGUGAUCCCUCCUGGCCGGCCGAUAGUUUCGGACUGUAGCAGUGAAACCUAUAGGUCGGCAGAAUUUAUAGAUUAUUUUUUAAAUCCACUGUCCACCAAACAUCAAAGCUAUAUAAAAGACACAUAUGACUUUAUUGAAAAAAUUAAAACAUUAAAUAUUCCCCACAAUUCGUCCCUUUUUACAAUUGACGUGGACAGUCUCUAUACAAACAUUGACACCCAAGAAGGAUUGGCAGCUGUAAAAAACAUAUUUAAUACAUUUAAGGACCAAAAAAGACCAGACGAGGAAAUCCUACAAUUAUUGGAAAUAAAUCUAACUAAAAAUGAUUUUGAAUUUAAUGGACACUUUUUUCUGCAAAUCAAGGGGACUGCAAUGGGGAAGAAAUUUGCUCCGGCCUACGCAGACAUAUUCAUGGCUGAGUGGGAAACUGAGGCCCUGAAAAAAUGCCCAAAACAACCGCUCCAUUAUUAUAGAUAUUUAGAUGACAUAUGGGGCGUCUGGACUUAUUCUGAUCAGGACUUCAUAAACUUUAUUGACACCCUUAACACACACAAUCCCUCCAUCAAAUUAAAAUCAACUAUUGACCGAAACUCUAUUAAUUUUUUGGACACAACCACAUUUAAAGGUCCCAAAUUUGAAACAAAUAACAUCCUUGACACAAAAGUCUAUUUUAAAGAAACAGAUACACACGCCCUCUUGCACAAACAUAGUUACCACCCAAAACACACUUUUGCAGGUCUUGUGAAGUCCCAGC